AUGGCGAGCUGGACUUUAGAAGAAGUGCUCGAAUGGUUGGAAACCAAUGGUUUUGAACGGUAUACACAAACUUUUAUAAAUGAAGAUAUUGACGGCGCAGCAUUGCUGGGGUUGUGUGAAGAUGAUAUUGUGAAAUUGCUCGCGACGGUCGACGAAAACGGAAGAAGACGAAAUGCAACGCUGAGAACACGACGGAAGUUUUUGGCUAAGUUGGAAGAAUGUAAAUCGCUUGCCAAUGAGAAGCAGAGUCAGCAAAGAUUCCAAAAUAACGGAAUGGUAAAUGGAAUAUUGCACACAACUAUGAGCAACAAGGAACACAGUUCAUUUCCUCAAUCCACCGGCAAAACAACUGAUGAUUCGAAAUCAUACUCCAAAUUACUCAUUGUUGAUUCGGCAAGUACAACAAUGAAGUUUUUUCGGAGUGAAUUGAUCUGUGAGUAUUUAACAAAUUAUUUAUCAACAACCUUUGAUGUCAAGUGCGACAUCCCCAUAAUCACUCUUCCCGUUCCAACGAACGACUUAUCCGUUCGACUAUUUGGCAUGCAACAAAAUGUACUAACUGCUUACAGUAAUCUCCGAUCAUUGUUCACUACAAUAUGCACUCGAGUUUUCAAUGAAGAAAACACAAACCCAAAAGUAAUCAGAUGGUCCAAGAAUAUUUAUUGUGAUUCAGCUGUUGUUGUCUUGCAAAAAAUCUUCCUCGGCAAGCGCAUCUUGACUGUAUGGGAGAAAACUAGUCUUCUAUCUGGGUACUACAUCGUGUAUUACCUUUCUGGAAGUCAAGAAGCCAGUGUCAUCGAAAACUCCAUCGAACAUGCUUUAAAUCAUGAGAUAUCUUUCGUCAAAGAUAUAAUCGUAUCGAAUGUUCGCGGAAAGUAUCAGAGUGAAUUGAAUGAAUUCGUCAAUAGCCGGAAAAACGAGCAGCGAACAAGUCAACCCAUGACUAUCAUUUCCUAUCAGUCUCCAUUUCAAACAGAUAUGAAAAUUAGUCUUUUCGGUAUGAAAGAAACGGUUCACGUGGUAAAGAAACAGUUAAAACUACUCGUACAUAAACAUCAGACAAAAACAACAGUACUCAAUCUGGAUUCGCAACAGCGUGAAUAUCUAUUGAACAACUGCGGUUCUUCUUUGAAACAAAUUGAGUUAAAUUAUGAAGAAGACAAUGUGAAAAUACAAAUUCGUGAAGAUUCGUUCAUUUCGCCUCAAUAUCUUGUGAAAAUCAUCAAACAAUUGAUUCAGUCGAUGAUUUUUCAAACAGUCAAUCUAACUUUUAAAUCCCUCGAAAAUGUAUUUCACUUGACCGAUCAAGAUCGUUUACAGUUACAUGGCCUAGCCAGAAAUCACAACUGUGAAAUCGAUAAUAUUCUAGUAGAUACGCAAGAAGAACUUAUCAGUUUACCCAAAGGAAAGAUUUCAAUGAGGUCCGAGAAAUCAAGUCAAUCCUGCUCGACAUUGUUUGUACCAAGAGCUAUCUCUAUAGCAAACAAAACAUUAGAAAUUCAAAGACCAGAUCGUUUCAAAGCUGAUGUGAUCAUACUAUCAACUGCCGAGGAUUGUGUGCAAAACAAAAUCGAACCAAAGGGUCAGCAUGGAUACUUUCAAACAAAUACAGGUCAGAAGCUUCUCUAUCUAUCAUGGUCGCCUCCUCAAAUCAAGCAUUACAACAAUCAAUCAGAAAUUCUUCUGAAGGAGUCGAUAGGAACUUUCAUAUCUCUUUCACUUCGACGACUUGAUCAAUAUUAUGCGGACAGUGUGCGAGUAAUAGCAUACUCCACAAAUAAAUGGGAAAAUAUCCCACAACGGAAGCAAUUCGUUCAGGUUUUUAUCGACGAAAUGAAAUCACAACUUGCAAAUGUUGAAUUCAAAAAUCGCUAUUGGAGAAUUGUGUUUUCUCUCGGCGAAAAUCAACGUAUUUUAUUGAAAACGUUCGCAGAUGUUAUGUCAAACUCACAAACACAGGAUGAGAGCGACGAACAGUUCUCAUGUCCAAUAUCGACAAACAUAAUUUCGUUGAAAACAUCGAGUGACAACAACAUUUCCAAAUGUCAAAAAGCGAUUAGCGAUUACAUCGAGAAGAAUGUUUUCGUCGCAGUGAAAAUUAACAAACCAUUCGAUGAAAAUGUUUGGAACCAAGAUAUAAUUAAUGAUUAUUAUAAUUAUUGCCUGCAAGAAUCAAUUUUGCCAAGUUUUUCACAGACAGGUUCUUCGUCAUGUUUAGAAUUGAGUGGACCAAUCAGAGAAGUUUAUCUAGCCAAAGAAAAGUAUGAACUUAUGUCGAGAAUUGCUUAUCUCAAAGUGAUACCAACGAAUCUCGCCGCAUCGAAAAUGAUUCGAAAACCAUUCGAAGAAAAGUCAAGACAAAACAAUAUCUUUCUUAGCUUUUGUUCUGCAGACGGAAUACUGCCGGAUAUUUUGAAUAGUCGUCUCAUCGAUGAAGAUUAUGCCGUUUUAGUUGAUGCAUCUGAUCACACAUCAUCUAGUUUUGCUGCUAAAAUGGAAAGCGCAGAUGUUGUUGUUAUUUGCUUCACAGUUAAUUAUUAUAAGAAUACGCAUUGUAGGAAUGUACUGCGAACAGCAAAAGAAUCAUUGAAUAAAACGAUCGUGCCGGUGGUACUCAUACCAAAAUCUUCAAAUCAAGAGAACAAUUGGAUGAGAUGGAUUGAAACAGAGGAAUUGUAUUACGAAGUGUUCACAGAUGAGAUUCGAUUCAAACUCAACGAAGAUUUUGACCUAAAUUAUGAAAAAUUGUUGGUAGAAUUGCUUCGCUAUACCAAACCCGGUGCAUUUGGUCAGACGUAUCCACAACUGAGCAAUGUUUCUAUCGAAGAAUCCUCGCAUGACGAGAAUGUUAACCAUCGCCAGGAUACUAGAGUACAGUUAACAACAGCAGAGAUGCAGGAAAAACAACGAAAUUAUGAGAAAUAUAUCGAAGAAAUUAUUCGAAAUCAAAGAAUUUCAGAUGAUACAAUUGAGAAUUUAAUCUACAUUUUAAAAAUCAUUCUUAAAAAACCAAUAAGCCGAUCGAAUUCUGAAGACUUGAAAGAAGAAGAAGAAUCUACUAUAGCUAGUGAAGAUGAGAAAGCAUCCGAUCUGUCUAGCAGUAAUUCAACUAUAGAAGAUAUACAAAUAGAUCAAUCUACACACCUGCAGAGUUUUCUCUCACUAAUUAAACGUUGGAUAACAAAGGCAUCGAAUGAGCCAGUAAUCCUGGGUAACAUCCCGCCGUUUACGCUGACUGGUGAUUAUAAUGACGCGGAAUUUCCGAUACCAUUACGGGAUAAACGCCCAUGGUGGGAAUUGGAAGAUUUAGGAAAAAAUUUCCCGCAUUCGAGAUCAAAAGAACUGAAAUGGCCUCCUGAGCCUAUAAUAGUUGGAUCGUGGUUCAGUUCUGAUGAAGCCCAUGAGUACUUUGAAAGCAUAACUGACGUAGAAAUUCAGUUUCCAAGGCCAAAGGAGAAAAAAUUAGAAGGUUCAGGUACCGACGAACAUCCACACAAGAAUGACACAGUUAAAGCAAUUUCGCCCAGAAAAUAUAUGAAGUUUGACACUUCUAUAAAGGAUCACGUUUCAGUUUGGAACACUGCACCGCGCGACAUAGAUUUCUUAAAGGAAUACGAAAGACGAACCAAAGGAUCGACGACUAACUUACCUGAAGACAUUGAAGAAAGAUGGAAUCAUUACUGGCCAGAGUACCAUAAAAGUAUACAAAAGCUGGUCCGGGGCAAAGUUGAAGCACAAUCAUUGCAAGGGGCUGCACUAAGAAAGCGUGAAAUACUCAAUGAUCCUGGUCAUAGAGUAUGGAGGGAUGGAACAAGAAAUCGUGGUUGCCCACAGUUCGUUAAACAGAUGAUACGGAAUGCAAAGAAAUGGGAGAAGUUUUUAAAAGCGCAAAAAGAUCAAUAA